AGAGAAAGCACAGGAGCAUGACAGAGGAGACGGAUGUGAAGCUGCGCUGCGGUGUGUACGGCGAUGGGAGCGUCUUCUCCGUCGAGAUCAAGCGCAAUGCAGAUGUGGAGGCGCUACAAAAAGCUAUAUUCGCGGAGAAACGAUACAGCGAGCGUUAUAAGUUUGCCGCAAGCGACUUGACGCUCUACUUGGCGCGAAAGGAAGGGGAAGCCACGUGGAUGAACCACGACCACACGGUGAAAGGCUUCUUGCGAGGUGGCAUCAGCACCGAGUAUGAAGAGAUGCUUUCGUCGUGGAUUCUCGACGAAGAUUGCUUUGGGAAGAACUUUCAGCCUGGUCGCAAGGAGAUUCACGUGCUGGUGGAACUGCCACAAUUGUCGGAAGCUGAGCUGCCUCGAGAUCGUCAACUUGUUGUGGGCGACGUUCAUAUCCCAAUCACGCAAAGUAUGUCGUUGAAUCCGCCAGCACUGGUCGCAUUUUGGAACGCAUUUCUGAACGACAGUACCGACGUGAAAGCUGGCGCAUUGGUCGAGUUACCCCGAGACACGUAUCUUCUUGGUGAUUCGACACUCGGCUCUCGUAUCUACAUUCGUCAUUGCUACCCUGCGCUAUGGGAACUUUGUCUCGAGAGGAUCCACGAUGAAAAGACGAACACACCGCAUCUCGUGAUCCUCGGCAACCCGGGAAUCGGCAAGACGUUUUUCGGCUAUGUGAUCGUGCUUCAUCUUGUCCGUACUAAUGAAACGGUGGUAUAUGAGAGUGGUGGCCUCAAGAAGCGCUUUUUAUUUGCUCACAAUGUGGUGGCUCAAGGAUCUCAGGAAGAUUUUGUGCGCAUUCUCGACCAGCCGACUACAUACUACAUCGUGGAUGCCGUCAAGCCUGCGUAUUACCCAGCGAAGACGAUUCUUUUGACGUCGCCGCGCCGCUCCAUCUGGUACGAGUUCAACAAGACCAAUUGCCAGUCCUGCUACAUGCCAGUGUGGUCUUUGAAGGAGAUUCUACAAUGUCGUAAGCUGAUGUACUCGGAUACACCUAUGGACGUCGUGCAGAAGUGCUUUCGUCGAUGGGGUGGUAUUGCUCGCUAUGUCUUGCGAUUUUCACAAGUUCGUAACCAGCAGUUGUUGCUUGAAAAAGCAAUGGACAUUGUUGAUCUCGACUGGUUGGUGAAAGCCUGUGGUCAACUUGAUGCGAACGACGCUCAAGUGUCGCAUCGAUUGCUGCACUAUCGCGUCAGCAAAGCUUUUGACAGCGAGUACUUCGUUUUUGCAUCGCAAUAUGUUCAGCAAGAGAUGUACAAUCGUCUGCUUAAGAAGGAUAAGCGGAAGCUGCUAGAGUUCAUUGCUGCCUCGGAUGGAUUUGGUGCUCUUGCUGUGCUUCGUGGCCACUUGUUCGAAGGGCAUGUGCAUUCGGUACUGCCGCGAGGUGGAACGUUUAAAGUUCGACGUUUGGUCGAAAACAACGAGGCGUACGAUGAUGAUGAUGACCUUAUGGAAGAUGAAUGGGACGGCGAUGACGAGGAUGGUGAUGAUGGCAUGAAUGCAGAUGAUGCCGUUGCGAUGGACGAAUCCAAUGCUGUGGCGUUGGUCGACGGUGGCGCCGCACCUGUUAUUUCUUUUGAGAGAUUCGAGAAAGUUGUCGUUUUCAAUGAUGACAGUGAAAUUGAAGCUGCUACUAACACGAGUUACCUACAGCCAGCGGCGAAGAAUUACCAGUCGGUCGAUGCGAUCAUCAAGCCGGAUAUUUUGUUGCAGGUGACAGGUGCACACAAACACCCCUGCAAGCAAAAAGGUCUCCACGAUGUGUUGAAGCUUCUGGGGAAUCCUGAACAGCCGCGGCUGUUCUUCGUGCUUCCGCCUGACAGAUUCACCGAUUUUAAUUAUCAAAAGUAUCUGGACUCAAAAUGCAAGAGGAUGAUGGCGCCAAGCUAUGAGAACGUGUGCAAGAUACAGCAGUUUGCGAUGGAAGUCAAACUUGAAUCGGAGUAGGUGUGCAGUUCCGAGGUUCCAAAACCGCGUUCCGAACCGGUUCCAAAAUGAUGCCGUACUUCUUUGGUCCAGAAAAGAAUUAACAAUGAGAUAAAAAAGCCUCGCAUGUUUGAUUGGUCAA